UAGAACAUGCCGCCCAACCAAUUGCGUUGACCCUCGGAAAUAGCAACGAUGGCUCCUCUUUCUUCCGACGAAAUUUCCUCUGCUUUCGCGGUCGUCAGGGAGGGGUAUUAAAAAAGUUUAGGCCAACGUCCAAUUCCUGCAGAUCGAUCGUGGAGAGGAGAUCGAGCGAGAUUAUAUACUAAGAAUGGUUAUAAAACUUGUCGGGAAUCGCCGGUUGGGUGGGUCAAAAGGAGAGAGAAAGAAAGCGUUUGAAAAGAAUGGAGGCGUGCUACUGGAGAAGCUGGUUGCCUAUUGCGAUGGCAGGCCUAUUCCCAUCCGUGGCUUCUCCUAUGAAGAGCUGAGGCGUGCAACGAAUAACUACGAUCAGGGCUGUGUUCUGCAAGUCAGCCAGUGGUAUACAUGGUACAAGGGUUCUCUCGACGGCCGGAUUGUUUCCAUUAAGAAGUAUGCGGAGGACUCGACAUUUUCAGACUUUUCCUUCACUGAUAUAGCCAUGUCUGCAAAGACGAGCUCUCACAAAAAUGUUCUUCGGCUGGUAGGAUGCUGCCUUGAGACCCAACUUCCUACUCUAGUGUUUGAAUUUGCUGGCAAUGGAUUCCUUUCCGAACGAGUUUAUCAAUGUAAUAUUCACGGAUAUCCACGGGAACAUCCGCCCAUGGCGUGGCAGAUCAGGUUAAAGAUUGCAAGGGAGAUUGCUCAUGCAAUUUCAUAUAUCCACACUGCCUUCUCCAGACCCAUCAUUCACAGGGAUAUUAAACCUGGAAAUAUAUUCUUAGACCAACAUAAUGUUCCCAAACUGGCUGAUUUUUCACUCUCCAUACCAAUCCCUGAAGGCGAAACUCACAUAGAAGAUAAGGUGCAUGGGAGCUACGGCUUCUUAUGCCCCAACUAUUUAGCUACAGGCAGGGCAACGGAGAAGACUGAUGUCUAUAGCUUCGGUAUGCUUCUAUUGGUGCUUUCAACAGGACAACGUAGUUAUGUUCCCCAAGCAACUACUCAUGAAGAUAGCUUGGUUAAUUACAUAAGAAAGUGCACUAUAAGUGAGAUUGUGGAUCCUGCAAUCCUAGCAGAGGAAGGAGGUGCUGGUGUGGAGCAGCAAUUGCAGGCAGUGCGGGAGCUUGUCCUGAGAUGUAUGGAUGAGAAUCCGGAAAUGAGGCCGACGAUGGUUGAUGUUACAAAAGAACUCAGGCGAAUCGAAAGGUUCAUGCCUUGAUUACGAAUAAUGCUAUUCAUCAUUUCCUAUUUUACAUCGUUAUAUGUUGCGUCAAUUGGUGUGAAACGAAUACAAUAAAUAUGUGUAACGAGUAGCAUUACUCUUGACUAUUUAUUCAUAUACUACAUUCAAGUUA